AUGACGUCAUUAAAAGGAUAAUCUCACCACUGGAAAUGGUGAGUCAUAUUCAGUGUGAAGGCUUCCGAGUCCUUUUGGGUGCUCCUUCCUCCUCAUCUGUGCGCCUCUCAUAUAUAUAUAUAUAUAUAUCAGGAGCGUCCCGCCCCAGCAGUUGACGUCGCAAUCGCCUCCGGUUCCCCAUCGCCGCUCUUCUCCGCCGUCGUCGCCGCCGCGGCUGUCGCCGUUGUCGCCGUUGUCGCCGCUGUCGCCGUUGUCGUCGUUGUCGCCGUUGUCGCCGCUGUCACCGUGGCCGUCUUCUGGAAUUUUCGUCUCCGCCGCUCUCGGUCAAGUACAGUUGAAUCCGGUUCGACUGGGUGGGGGGAGGAGGAGGAAGCUCCCCCACUCUCCGGUGGUGGUGGUGGUGGGGGAGCGAGUUGAAAUUCUCCGCCAGUUGGUAGCAGGGAGGGAAGAUGAUUUGGCUCCCUGGGUGGAUCGAUCUUUAGCGGUGGUAGGAGUAUUCGCCGCUGCCGCAUGAAUGGUAGGGUGAUUUGGAUGUUCCAGUGCCUGUUAGACCGCUGCCGUUUUUGA